CUUACGCUCUAACCCUCCCCCCUAAAAGCCGCCGACGUAACCAGGGGUGUGUGUGUGUGAGACGGGCCUGGACCAAGUGACGUUUUGAGAGAUUCAACAACAACAUCUCCUUGGCAACACAGAGACAAAAAGAUCCUCAAGCCCGAUCAAGGUCGUUCGCACAGCAGCGAGCCGGUUUGCCCUUCCAAACAGCUUGUUCGUUGGGGGAGGAAUAGACUUCCGCCGUCCAACCCACUCGCGAGUAUCAGUUAGUUAGCCUUUUUUUGCCGUCAUUCCUGGUUGGAACUUGCCAACCGAUCACGGAGGGUUUUCGUGCAAAGUCGGAGCUUUUCUGAUGACGCUGAGAGUUUCCCGCUGCGGGCGAAAACGACUCGACGUGGCGGCAAGACGGGGCUACCGACGGCUGCUUCAGCGGCUGGCAUCGAGAGAGAGAGACCGAGCAACGGCCGUGGGUUGGUUAGUAAAACCCAAGUGUACCACCACCCUGCUGCUGUGCACGGUCGAACGAACUCACGAGGCCCAUCCUCAAGGCGCCAAAAUACCCGCUGCCAUGCGUGCAACCCUCAAAAUCUAUUGAAUACAUAGUGUUGCAUGGCCGGACGUCACCACCAAUAAACUAGUUAAUGUUUA